AGAGAUGUCUGCUUUAACGGUCGCAAUGUGCUGGAAGCUUGUCACCAUCAAGAAGGACAAACUAAAUGCAAUUAGUGUCGCGAUCUACCACAAACCUGACUCAAACGAAUGCUAUGAUAUAAGAAAGAAGCAGCAACCUCCCAUGUGUGAACUCAAUGACGAUCCCGAUGCUGCCUGGCACGAAUCUCUACAUGCAUGCAUGCACGAGGUGCCGAUGGGGGAGACAUACAGAGGUUCACAUUGGCCUGAGGAAUGGCCAGACCGAGUUCAAAAGCCUCCGUACUGGUUAAAUGAAUCCCAGAUCGUGAUUUCUGGAAAACGAACAGCAAACGACUUUAUAGCUGAUUAUGAGCAUUGGAAACAGGUGAUUAGCAAAUCAUAUAUGAGUAAGCUUGGGAUUAACUGGUCCAGUUUACGAAAUGUUAUGGACAUGAGAGCUACGUAUGGUGGGUUCGCUGCAGCAGUUAAGGACCUAAAUUUAUGGGUACUAAAUGUCGUGAACAUAGAUUCUCCUGAUACGCUCCCGUUAAUAUUUGAGAGGGGUCUCUUUGGUAUUUAUCAUGAUUGGUGUGAGUCUUUUAGCACAUAUCCUCGAACUUAUGAUCUUCUCCAUGCAGACUAUCUGUUUUCCAACCUGAAAAACAGGUGCAAGAUUAAAUCUGUAAUGGCAGAAGUUGAUAGAAUUUUAAGACCAGGUGGAAAUUUGAUCGCUCGGGAUGAGUCCAGCAUGAUAAUGGAAAUUGAGAAACUACUGAAAUCACUACAUUGGGAAGUUAAUUCAACGUUUACAAAUAAGCAAGAGGGAAUAAUCAGUGGUCGAAAGUUGAUCUGGAGGCCAAGCAUAUACACAGCUCCUUUUUUAUUCGAAUGA